GUUUCGAGAGUACCGUGAAGUGUCAGAUGCAUGGUGCGAAGUCUGCGAAUUCAUGACGCGCGUUCAAUCAUGUUUCGCAUCUUCUCCUUUGCCUCGUAUCUUGAGUUUCCGACGCGUGUGAGUACCGGGAAUGCCGAAAACGAAGAAUUACGCAUGCCAAAUGGAAAUCAAGAAGAAUCGUGAAGAGAAUCUUGGAUCUCGAACAUUCGAAAGCUGCGGUCGAGAUCGAGCUGGACGGAGCGACCAGCGACGAACGCACUAUAGUUAGAUGGGAAGGUAGAAAACGGUAAUACUUUAUUGGCGAAGUAUGAGUCGAGAUGUAAUUACCGUAAAUAUACUUAAAGCUGCUAAGUGUCAUGGAUAAAAUGACAAUGACAUGGAAACGGAUUGAGGAACAUUCAGGAGUAGCCAUCCAUAAUUUUGCACAUCCAAUCCCGCACGCAAUAUGCUUAACAGUCGGAGAGGUUGUACAAAUAACUGCGGAAUGUGCAGAUUGGUAUUAUGGCCGCAGCAAGUUUAAGGGUACAUGUGGAAUUUUCCCAAAGUCCUAUAUACAUAUCCUACAGAAAUCAACGAAUACGGAUAACUUAGUGCAGGAAAUUACUAACGUCUUACGAGAAUGGGGCCAUCAUUGGAAACAUUUAUAUGUGACUCAUUCCGAGCAUUUCCGGACGAUGCAACAACAAAUUCUGGAUGCAGUUGGAUACAGAAGCAAAAUUUUGAGUGGUACCUUAACAGUAGACGAGUUGAAGGAUAUGAAAAGAUUGGCAACGGCGAAAAUAGACACUGGGAAUCAAUUGCUGGGCUUGGACAUGGUGGUUCGAGACGAACAUGGAAAUAUUCUGAAUCCCAUGGAGACGAGCACUAUUCAGUUAUACUACCAUCACGAGACUGCUGCAGAAAGGAUAAGAAAAGCGUGCAAUGAUACCAAGAAGAAGCCCUAUAAGCCACAAGUACCUGUGUAUUCACAUAUCUUCUUUGUCAGUGUGAGAAACUUCGUAUGUAAGAUGGCGGAGGAUGUAGAACUGCUAUUGACUUUGUACGACGGCAGAGAGAUGAAAGCCAUCACGGAGAAUUACGUGGUAUCGUGGAGCAAAGAAGGACUUGCAAGGGACAUCGAUCAGUUGCAUAAUCUUAGAGUAUUGUUCACGGAUCUUGGUUCUAGAGAUUUGACAAGAGACAAAGUCUAUUUAGCUUGUUACGUAAUUAGAAUAGGCGGUAUGGAAGCCAAAGAACCAGACCACCGUCGCUCGAGUGUCACACAAGCCAAUCAAACCAAAACUAAGAGCGCGGAGAGUAUGAGGAGACCAUUCGGUGUGGCCGCGAUGGAUAUUAGCUUAUUCAUUACCGGCAAGCUUGAGGGUGAUGUUGAGCAACAUCACUUUAUACCUUUUGUACAAUGUUGUGAGAAAGAUAGCCUUGACGGCACGUUACGUAGAAUUAUUGCGCAGAAAGAGGCAAGUACCCAGAAACACGUCAACGGUAAUAUUGCCAAUGUCACAGGUGGACAAGGAUUGUGGACUAGUUUAAAAUUGUUAAGGGGCGAUCCGAAACAGGUGCGUGAUGAAAAUCCACAUUUGGUACUCGGUAAUGUUGCCAUCGCGCGUAAAAUGGGAUUCCCAGAAGUUAUCUUACCGGGUGACGUACGCAACGAUCUGUACCUUACUUUAAUUAGUGGUGAAUUUAGCAAAGGCUCCAAAUCUACGGACAAAAAUGUGGAAGUAACGGUUAAAGUAUGUAAUGAACAUGGUAUAGCAAUCCCCGGAGUUAUGACAUUAGGUGGCGGUGCGUCACCAAUUGACGAGUACCGUAGCGUUAUUUAUUAUCACGAGGACAAACCUAGAUGGUGCGAAACGUUUAAGAUUGCCAUACCUAUAGAAGAAUUUAAGCAGGCCCACUUAAAGUUUACGUUUAAGCAUCGUAGUUCUAAUGAAGCAAAAGAUAAGUCUGAAAAGCCAUUUGCUUUAAGUUAUGUUCGAUUAAUGCAGCGCAAUGGAACGACUUUACAAGACAUACAGCACGAAUUGUUGGUUUACAAAUUAGAACAGAAGAAGUACGAAGAGAGUGAUAUAUCCUACUUCAAGUUGCCAUCUACACGUGGAGAAUUGGCUCAAUUGAAUAUGGAGAAGAAGCCAAGUUUAGGAUCGCUAACAUUAAGCAGCAAAGAUAGUUUCUUGAUAGCGACCAAUAUUUGCUCAACUAAAUUAACCCAGAAUGUAGACUUACUAGGUUUACUUAAUUGGGCGUCACACAAUACAGACUUAAAAGAAUCUUUAGCUGCUUUAAUGAAGGUCGAUGGAGAGGAAAUAGUGAAGUUUUUACAGGAUGUUUUGGAUGCUUUAUUUAAUAUCUUAAUGAGUAAUUCAGACAGCGACGUAUACGAUGAUAUGGUCUUUGAGUGCCUUUUAUAUAUUAUUGGACUUGUAUCCGAUAGAAAGUAUCAGCAUUUCCAACCAGUAUUAGAUUUAUAUAUUUCUGAAAGUUUUUCUGCAACUCUCGCAUAUAAGAAAUUAAUUUCGGUAUUGUGCAAGCGUAUAGACAGCGUCAGCAACGGCGACGGUCAGGAACGAGAUUUAUUGCUUAAGACAAUGAAAAGUCUGCAAUACUGCAUGAGAUUUAUUGUCGAAUCUCGUCUUUUAUUUACUGAGUUAAAUCAGGAUGAAGAAGAAUUCUCACAAACCUUGACUGAUCUAUUACGAUCUAUCGUUAAUCUCAUGAGUCAUGAAACAGAUGGUACUCUGUUGGUUCAAGGAGCCUGUCUCAAGUAUCUACCAACAACGAUACCUCAUUUAUUAAGAGUUUAUAGUGGCAAGCAAUUGAGUACAAUUUUAACGGAUUUACUUGUGACUCUACCAACAGGUAGAUUAACCAAACAAAAAAUGAUGACAGUAAACGACAUCGUCCACAGUCCGCUUUUUUUAAAUGUGGACUGUAGAGCGAUUUUAUUACCAAGAAUCACUAUACUUGUGAGGGACUUGUUGGAAGCCAAAGAGGAGGGGCUAUCCAGUACGCCUGGAAAGAGCGUGGCGAAGGUAGCCAGGUUGCUCGGCGAAAAUCGGCAUCGACUCAACCAACACCGCGGCUACUCCGAAGAGGUGGAAUUAUGCGUCAAGAUAUUAUCUGACAUCCUGGAACUGACUUUUAGAAAAGAUAUAGGUAGCACAGUUUCAGAUGUUAAAGAGAUAAUGUUGACGGCCUUGCGUACUAUUAUACAGACAGUUAUUUCAAUGGAUAGAGAAAAUCCCUUAGUUGGAAACUUAGUUUCAGUAAUGUUGGCGAUAUUCAGACAAAUGACACAGCUCCAUUAUGAAGUGUAUAUUAAUCAUUUUGGAACAAGAAUUGAUUUACUUGAUUUUCUUAUGGAGAUAUUAUUAGUCUUUAAAGAUCUGGUUUCUAGAAGCGUAUUUGCGGGGGAUUGGUGUGAAAUGAUCAUGCUUCAAAAUAACAUUAUUUUGAAUUCUUUGCGUUAUUUCUCAGCCACGAUUAGAGAUUAUUUUUUCACCGAAUUUGAGCAUCAAGCGUGGUCAAAUUUCUUUCAUUGCGCUAUUGCGUUCUUAACUCAACCUGCCCUACAAUUGGAAACAUUUACAUCAGCAAAACGAAAUCGUAUUAUUAAACGUUAUAAAGAUAUGCGCAGAGCAACCGUGUUCGAAAUUAGAUCUAUGUGGUUUAACUUAGGCCAACACAAAAUACUGUUUGUACCCGGUUUAGUUGGUGCCAUCCUUGAAAUGGCAUUGAUACCUGAUACUGAAUUAAGAAAGGCUACUAUACCUAUCUUUUUCGACAUGAUGCAAUGCGAGUACUAUAGUUCACGUAUAGUGGAGGGAUAUGGGGACACUAAACGCGAUCCUGCUCAUAUCAAAGCUAAUUUUACAGAAUAUGAAAAUGAAAUGAUUGCAAAAUUGGAUAUUUUGGUCGAAGGAGGCAGAGGUGAUGAACAAUUUCGUACACUUUGGAUUGACGUUAUGGGUUCUUUAUGCGAGAAACAUUCUACAAUGCGAGAGCAAGGCUUACGUUUUGUAGACACUAUAGCUCGACUUAUGGAACGCUUAUUACAAUAUCGCGAUAUUAUUCACGCAGAAUCCCAAGAACAUCGCAUGCUUUGUACUGUGAAUUUAUUGGAAUUCUAUUCUGAAAUUAAUAGAAAGGAAAUGUAUAUCAGAUAUGUGAACAAGCUGUGUGAAUUACAUCUAGAAUGCGAUAAUUAUACAGAAGCAGCUUAUUCUCUAAAGCUCCACAGUCAUUUGUUAGCUUGGAGUGAUCAGCCUUUGUCACCUUUGUUAAUAUCCCAUAGGUAUCCAUUAUGUCAAACACACCGUGAAUUGAAAGAAGCGUUGUACAAUGAUAUCAUUGAUUAUUUUGAUAAAGGAAGAAUGUGGGAAUGUGCUCUUGCCGUUUGUAAAGAACUAGUUUCGCAAUAUGAAGAAGAAACAUUCGAUUACUUGCAAUUGUCCGUACUAUUAAGACGUAUGGCGAAAUUUUAUGAUUGCAUAGUGAAACAGUUAAGACCUGAACCAGAAUAUUUCAGAGUCGCGUAUUACGGUAGAGGACACCCCGCUUUUCUUCAAAACAAAGUGUUUGUGUAUCGAGGAAAAGAAUAUGAACGACUUAGUGAUUUUUGUACUAGAACACUGAAUCAGUUACCGAAUGCUGAACAAAUGAAUAAAUUGUCGCCACCCACCACAGAGAUGCUGGAAUCAUAUCAUCAGUACGUACAAAUCAAUAAGGUAGAACCACUGAUGGAUGAGAAAAGGCAUCGUUUAAGCGGUAAACCCGUUACUGCGGAAGCAGUUUUAAGAUAUCAUCGUGUAAAUGAUGUGCAGCGCUUCAGAUUUUCAAGACCCGCUCCGAGAAAGGAAAUUAUUGCGGCAAAUAGCGAUAAGGAAAAGGAAGCAAAUACCGGCACUAAUAAUAGCAACGAGUUCGCCUCUUUAUGGUUGGAAAGAACGGUACUCGUUACAAGCUAUCCGUUGCCGGGAAUUCUUCGAUGGUUCCCUGUGACGUCUAGCGAGACAUAUUUAGUCAGCCCCUUGAGGAAUGCGAUUGAAACUAUGGAAGCUACAAAUACAGCACUGAGGGAUCUCAUUAUUGCUAACAAAAGUGAUCCCAGUCUUCCAUUGAAUCCUUUGAGCAUGAAAUUGAAUGGUAUAUUGGAUCCAGCUGUGAUGGGUGGUAUCGAUAACUACGAAAAGGCUUUCCUCAAUGUAGAAUACAAAGAUAGUCAUCCAGAAGACAGUUCGGAUCUUUUAAAGUUAGAGGGGCUUAUUGCAGAGCAAAUACCUCUACUUAGUGUAGGUCUACAAUUACAUAAAGCACGAGCACCUACUGAGUUGGCGCCAUUUCAUCAACGUUUAGAACAAUGUUUCAUGUCGAUGCGUAAUCAAGUGGAGGCUAAAUAUGGAAAAAGAACCUGCGAUUUGCAAAUUGAAAGCCUAACGCAAACCGUAACAAUGCGAAGACCACCAACCUCGAGAGGAGAUAAUCACUGCCUGUCCGAGUCAAAUAUGAAUAAUUCAGACUGUAAAACUCGCUACAGGGUAUCCUCACUUACAAGAUCCCAAGUUGCAACGUUCAAGUCGCUUGCAUCGUUCAAUUUUAACAACAACAUACCUCCGAGUAAUGCUCAAAGCAUCAAUUUGUCAAGAAGCAACUCGAUGCGUUCGCACAUCUUGUCGACGGCCUCUUUGCAAAAAGCAUUAGGAAGUCCAAGUUCAGGCACGUACAAGAAAAAGGAUUCGAAACGUAGAAGCUCACGAAAAAGUGACUCUGCCACAGUGAUGAAAACUGAUCAACCGACCAGCCAGUGGUAUACCACGACCGAAAUAUCCCACGGUUCUAUUCAGCAAACAGCAUCAUCUGUUACGUCAUUAAUAUCUAAUUUACACUCAUCACAUGUAUUUGAGCUUCGACAAGAGAACGAACUUCUUUGCACACAGCUCACGCCAAAACGUCCCUUGAGAUCGGAAGCGGAGAAAGAAAGAAGAAUGAGUAAUCGUUGGUCCGGCCACUCUCACUACCUAAGAAACGUCAACAAUGGACUAGAAUCAAGUGGUUUAGGGAAGGGAAACAGAGAUAGCGUCGGUACAACCGACAGUACAGCAUCCGAGGAUGAUCCACCACCACCUCUACCGAUUAAAAUGCGCGAGGCCGAUUAUUGCAAUCUUCCAGACGAACUGUCCACCAAUCGAUGUUCAACUACUUUAAAUAAUCUAAACAAGUCUUCGGGACAGUGUAAAAAUAAGUUGCCAACGCCUACCGAUGAUGAUCUGGAUGAUCAUUCUAAACCGCCAACACCUCCACCAAAACCGAAAAGACAGGCUCACAAUUUGAGCAAGAACACGCUUGCCUCAAACGACGUCGAAAACUCGCUUGUCGAAGAUUCAUCAACUGCAUAAUGUAAAACGCCUCACGUUGUCCUCCUUGCCAAGUGUUGUGAACAAAAUAAGCAUCCAUCCACAUCUACAGAAGCAUUCUCCAUUGAUUUUUGUAUUAUCGAUCUUUAGAAGAGUUACCAUUAAUUAGAGUUAGCGUUCUAAUAUAUUUCUUUGUGCCUUUCUUUCGCGAUUUAGGAUAAGCGAAUAAGUAUACGCUAUAGUAAUAUGAAAAAAAAUCUUAAAAAUGUACUCUAAUAACAGAAGGUAUUGCUUUUUCUGUACCGAAUAAGCAAUGUUAUUGACAAAGGAAUCUAAAAAUCAGUAUGGAUUUAAAAGACAUUUUAUAAUUUAUGUGCAUAUGUGACGAGGACUAUAAUGUAAUCUGAGACUAUAAUAAUGCCUCUAUUAUAUUUCUAUUCUUAUAUAGCAAGCUAUAUUCAGAAGGAUUUUAAGAUUUUUGUAAUAUCAUAAAAGGAAUUUGUGCUUAUUAAGGACAAAAAAUUGAGAAAUUUGCUUUUAACAUUCGUUCACUCUAAAUAAGUACAUUUUUAUCGAACAUAUUCAAUAUUGCUUUAUUAUAAUUCAUAUGCUUGCUGUAACAUCCAUUACAAUGCGUAGCAUAUUGUAGUAGUGUCCAUUUUUUUGAUCAAAGUUUUUAUUUCAAUAUGACUUUGGACAUAUAUAUUCGUGGAAAAUAUAUAUUUUUUAUAAAUUUUGAUAUAAAACUUAUACACACACAUAUAGCUUUAAUUGUAAUAAAAAUUUUGGAAACCUUUUACAUUUUAUACUAAUCCAUUUUUGAACGGAUAUUUGCUAUCAAUAAUAUAAUACGCAUUAAAUAUAAUGAGAACGUUUUGCAAACUUUUUAUUUGUUACAAUAUUCUAAUUUAUUUCACAAAUUUCGUUUUUUAUAACAAUGAGAGUAGUUAUAAUUUAAUCGCAAUAUAGUUAUUUAAAUAUUACCAAGAGCCAUUGUGAUCUAGUGGUAAAACAAUUUAUAUGUUAAUGUUUAUAUAAGUCAUUUUCAUACUUGUUAACGAGACUAUAGUCUUAUAUGUUAUUUUUAAAAAAUACAAACAAUAUUGAGAGAUUGUUUACAAAUAUAUUCAAUAAGAAUAAGUAUGCAGCAAAUGAUAAUGCAUAUGCUUUUGCAUUUUUGCAUAUUUGUUUCAAAAAAAUGAAUGUAAUGAUUACAUGGUUCUAAUAGUCACACGAUACCAUGACAAGUUGCUUUCUAAUUGAGCACAAAAUCAGAAUGAAAGUUUAAGUGAAUUACACAAGGAACGAUAAUCUUAUCGUAGACUUCAUAAUCAGUCAAGGUACCGAUUUUACAUUGCUUUUUUACAGUAUAAAUUUUAGGAACUUACCUUUCAGAAAUAGUCGUUCAAUAACGUUAAUACAAGUUAUUUAUUUUAUUUUUCAUCAUUAUCAUUUGAGUCUCAUGCCAAAGAGAUUAGUGCUUUAUUUAUUAAAAGCGUUAGAGCAUUACAUGUAUUGCUAAAGAAAAAAGUACUAUCGUGUAAUAUAUUUAUAUCUUAUGCAAAUAAGUAUAAAGAAAAUUAUAAACUAAAAAAUAGAGAGCUUAAUAGUUUAUUCAUUACUUUUGAUAAUUAAUGUAACAAAGAUCUGUAUUCAAAGUUGUUGUUCUUACGUUAGUUCAACUUGUUUACUUAUUUGCGGAGUAAAUUUUCAAAAAAAUAUAUAUUAUAUAUAUAUAUUUAUAACCAUAUGUUUGAACAAAGCAUUUAUGAAUACAGUUCUUAGCUUUGACACCAAUUUUGUUAUGUAAUCGAAAAAAGUGACAAUAUAUUGAGUCUAAAAAUUAA